CAUAUACUUUCAAUACUUUUUUUUUCCUCUCAUCAUUUCAUUUAUGAAUCCAACUUUCCAACCACACUCUUAUUCUCAUUUUCCCCCAAGUUAUGUUCCAACAUUUCACCACUUGUUUUCCCUUCUUUAACAACACCAAAUCUCCCUCCAACAAGCCAAAAACUCAACCCAACAACAAACUAUGUUCCACCUCCGACAUAUCAAUCACUUCAUUCCUUCACAACGAAGUCUCCGGCCAAUUCCGACAAGUUUUCAAACUCAUCGACACAAACAACGACGGAAAGAUUUCACCAACAGAACUCAGUGAAGUGCUUUCAUGUCUAGGAUACAACAGCUACACAGCUGCUAAAGAAGCCGAGAGCAUGAUAAGAGUUUUGGAUUUCAAUGGAGAUGGAUUUGUAGACAUUGAUGAGUUCAUGUUUGUAAUGAAAGAAGAGAAUUAUGGAAAAGGAAAAGAGUGUGAUCUUGAUGAGUACUUAAUGGAUGCUUUUCUUGUGUUUGAUAGUGAUAAGAAUGGAUUCAUCUCACCUAAGGAAUUGAGGAGAGUUUUGGUUAAUCUUGGAUGUGAGAAUUGUAGUUUAAGAGAGUGUAAACGUAUGAUUAAAGGGGUUGAUAAAAAUGGAGAUGGGUUUGUUGAUUUUGAAGAAUUUAAAUCUAUGAUGAAAAUAGGACUUCAAAUUUAGAGCUUGAAAAUAGGGUUAUGAUGUUUUUUUUCUUUCUACUUUGUACAUUUUUUACUUCCUUUUUUAUUUAUUUUUGUUUUGUUUUUAUCAUUGUUAAAAAAAUAGAUGGUUGUCAAAUACAUCCUAUAUAUUUUCAAUA